GAUUACAUCCCGGCUGAACUUUACUGAGGAAGUUUGAAGCAAAAAUGAAUCCAUCUCGGUGGUUGUUUGCAGUUUUCCUGACAGUUGGUGCCUCUGAGCUUUGCUGUGCCGGACCUUUCCAUGCCCAGUGCAAAGUGGAUUGGUACUUUGGGAUACCGUGUCUAAAGGUUUAUGAGGCCUUGGUCUCACAGAUUCAGACGUGGAGAACCAUGGCCGGCUGCACCUUGGGAGGACAGAAGUGCCUGUAUAAGCUGCAGUCUGCCUCUGUCCACUUCAUUGCAGCCAAACACAUCACUCCCUUCAAGAGGUCUGUGGACGACAUCAACUUCCGGCUGGUCCCCUUUCACUUCUUCACCUGCUGUCACGUUUCGGCUAUGUCUGUUUCUGAGACCUGGUACGCCAUGAAAGACCACGGCACCAACUACUGCAACCUCUACAACCUCAUAGAAGGAAGCGGUCUGACUGAAGCCAGAGGUUACAGGGAGGUCACCAGUGACUUCCUGUGUACCCAACGCUACUCUGCUAACUGCACGGUCUACUGACAAGAGUACUCACUUACAAUUUAGAAGUUUUGAUUACAUUUUUAAUUUUGGAUGCCUUUCUUUUUCAUUGCCUGCUUUAACUGUUGUAUUUGGGGACACAUUUUUCUGAUAACCUUGUGAAUUAUACAUAAUCACUUGAUUUAAGUAUUAUUCAGUUCAAUCUAAAAGUAUGAAUAGAGUAACUAAUGAUUUAUUAAUUUGACUCUUUGAAUUACAA